UUAAUCCGCUCCGGCUCUUAAUUCAACAGUCAAACUAAUUGGUUAUACGCGUGAUAUAUGAGAGGAAACGAAGAGGCAACCCAAUUUGAACAACACUGACAGAACUUCCCGACCGUCUCCCUUCUCAAACCCCAAAGCGGAGAGAUUCCCAUCAAUUAGGGUUGUUGUGGCUCGUUUGAUUUUGUUGCACUUGGAGUGAGGCUUACCCGUCAUGGCGAGGAUCAAACCUCAAGCUCUACUACAACAAAGCAAGAAGAAGAAGGGUCCAAGUCGUAUCAGUGUUACUGCAGUUAUUGUAUACAGCUUAAUUGCGAUCGUGACAGUGUAUUUCCUGUUUGCUACUUACAGACAUUGGUCUCAGAGGUCAAGAGUUCAAGAAGACGAUCACUUGUCAGAUUUUGAGGGUGACAAUGUUAUUGCAGAUUCAAAGAAAACUGAUGUCCCUAGAUAUGCUAUUUUGAAUACCUCAAAAGGCUCAAUAACGGUCGAGUUAUACAAGGAAGGUUCUCCCGAGGCUGUUGACGAAUUUAUUGACUUGUGUCAAAGGGGUCACUUCAAGGGGAUGCCUUUCCACCAUGUAAUAAAGAACUUCGUGAUUCAAGGAGGUAAUACUGAUCGACCUGGAGCUACAGACGAUUGGACUUUGAGAGGAAAGCAUAACAGCCAACUUGAUACAAGUGUGAAGCAUGAGGCCUUCAUGCUUGGUACUUCAAAGGCCAAACAUGACAAAGAAGCAUUUGAACUUUAUAUUACAACUGCACCAAUCCCAGAUUUGAAUGAGAAGCUUAUUGUGUUUGGGCGGGUUAUCAGGGGAGAGGAUGUUGUUCAGGAAAUUGAAGAGGUGGAUACGGAUGAACAUUAUCGACCUAAGUCCUCGAUAGGAAUAAUCAACGUUUCUUUGAAACAGAAGGUUUAGACGAUGCCUUGCCAGUUCGAUUGCAUAAUUUUCCUCACCUUGACAGAAGUCCUGAGAAUCACCAAGCAAUCACUUUAUGGGGACUUUUCCAUUAGCUUUUCUUCUGGGGUGUUGUGGCAUUUGGAUUGAAGUCCCUGGAAUUAUUACAACGUUAGCUGUUGUUGUCAUACCCUGAGGUUGCCAAUCCUAUUUGUAUUAUGGAUUUUUGUUCAAAUUUUGGUGAUAAGUAGUUGUUUUGUACUGGAAUCCAGCAACUGGAUGCAAUUACACUCUCCUGGGAUCAUGGUUCCAGGCACGACAGAAUGAUACUAAUCCUAAUCCAUCUCUGAAAUGGUUUGUAACUAA